CUGGUCAAUUGGGCCCAUCAUAUGCUUAUCCAUGCAACAUAUCCACCCAAAUAUUAUAAAGAGAGACGAAAAUUAAGAGGAUAAUAACAGGCAAUUAGAUUUUGUGUUGUGGUUCAGUAGCCAAUAGGGAUUGAUUGGCCAAGAAUUAGUGACACGUAUCGAAAUCAAUAUCAGGGUGUCUCUGUGGUGAUGGUCCAUUUGGAGCUGAACCAAAAGAUGCCAGGAUUGCUGUUAGGCAGGCCCACUCUCUAGAUUGGUUGAAGCCAAGAUUUGGGCCAGCGGUGAUAGGUCCAUUUCUCUUUACGAGCAAUCAGGCUAGGGUUCUAGCGAUUCAUUAGAGUUAGGACGUCAUAUCAUGAUUCACAAUCCUUUGCACAGUCUCUGUUUCCUGUUUCUUAUAGUUGGUGAUGCACACUGUUGCAUUUUUGUAAAUAAUUGUCAUUGUGUGCAUCCAACAAUUGUAAAUUACAGAAUGCGCUAUAUAAUAGUCAAGAACUUUUCACCCUAACGAUAUUAGGAUGACUACCUAACUUAUUUGUGAGGAUAUAGAUGAAAGAUACCGAGUCAAAUAUUUGACACUCUCUUUAAAUUUAAAUUAGUAUUUGACCUUAUAGGCUUCUAUAUAUGGACAGGCAGACCUUGCAAUUGUUUUAGGUAAAACUAAUGGUUUUGCUGCUAAAUCUCUCAGCACCACUUUUCAGGUUCAUUCAUGUGGCUGUCAUUAUGAAAUUAUUAAAGACGGGGAAGAAUGACCUAAUCUUAUUGUGAUGCAAUGCAUUUGGCCUCCAAUGGAGAUAAUUGAAAUAAUUGAAAUAAAGUUUUAGCCAUGACAAAUUGACAAUAUGGGAGACUACUAUAAUUUUAUUUGUUUAGAAUUAAAAAGGUACCUACUUUUGUUUUCUUACAUGCCAUAACCAAGAAACCUACCCAACUAGCUCUUUGCUUACUAAUUGAUAAACAAUUGUUGACUAAUAUCCACACGUUUUGUUCACUUACGAACAUAAUGUGUUACAUUCUAUUAUUCUAAUGGAAUGCUACACUAUUCCACCUAAUUUGUUAUAUUCAAAUGAAAUGCUACACUAUUCCACCUACAAAAUCACCAAACAUUUUGCUUCAAAUUAAACUUUGCAUAACUAAACCAAGUUACUAGAUGCAUAAGAUAGCAAUUGAGUUUGUAACCCAUUUGUUUUGACGAUGAAUAGCAGUAUAAGAGAUGAAGUACAUAUUUUUUUAUUCUUUUUUAUUAGCCAAUCCUAUUAAAAUACUAAGAAUUAGAAAAAUGUUAAUUUCCAGUUAGCAAUUUUGUUAGUAAUAUUGAGAUGGCAACAUGACACUGACUUGGAAGAGACACAUGAAAGUCAUCAUUCCAAAAUUUUAAUAUUUUAAUUAAGAAAAAGUUACAAAAUUAUUAACGAUAACGUAAAAAUGACUAAUAUUUUGAUUCAUUACAAAAGAUUUGUCUAAUUAAUAGCACGUUAGACCGAGUGGACCAGGUGGAGAGUGGAGCCCGGGUUUGAUGGCGAUGCCUACUCGGACCAACUCCGUUGAAUAAUGAAAACACAAUUAAUUACACAUCGGCGAUUCCGUAGUAGAGACACAGAAGAUUCUUUCCCAAAUCAGAGAUCAGAAGAAGCCGACGGAGAAGAGAUAAGCCGCCCAGGCUCUCUCCUCUGAGCCAGCCGCUGACCCACCUCUUUCGGCGGUGGAGGCACCCCAGUCCUCCUCUCAUGGCCGCCACCGCAGCUCGAGCUUUCCUUCUUUCUCGCGACCUGUCGCCCAAACACCACCCACCACCGUCCCUUCCUUCCUCGACGUCCCUCGCCGCCGCUGCUCCAUUCUUCCUCCGUCGCCACAACAACAACAAUUUCAAUUCGAAUUCCCAUCAUCAUCACGCGGCCUGGGCUGCUGCGGUAACGACGACGACGACGACGGUGAGCUGUCUGAGCAGCGGCGGCGGGAUCUCCGACGAAUUCGUCUCCACUCGGAAGUCCAGCCUGGACCGGGGAUUCUCCGUAAUCGCUAAUAUGCUCAAGAGGAUCGAGCCCCUCGAUAACUCCAUUAUCUCCAAGGGAGUUUCGGAUUCGUCGAAGGACUCGAUGAAGCAGACCAUCUCCACCAUGCUGGGCCUCCUCCCUUCCCAUGAUUUCUCCGUCACGAUUCGAUUCGCCAAGCUGCCUCUCGACAGCCUCCUGAUUUCCGCCAUCAUUACAGGGUACACGCUGUGGAACGCGGAGUACAGGAUGUCUCUGACGAGGAAUUUGGAGAUUUCAAUGGAGAAUUGGAGGAGAUCGGAUUCCGGCGAACCGCAAUUGGAGACGAAGGAGGAAAGCGAUGUUAACAAGGGAGGAGUUGGUGAAGUUGGAGCUCAGGAUGUGGAAAUCAGUCCUCAGGUUUUGGGGGAUUUGCCGCAGGAGGCAUUGAAUUACAUUCAACGCUUGGAAUCUGAGUUAUCUGACGUGAAAGAGGAACUGAAGUCAUGGGAGCAGGAAAUUACAGAAAUGGAAAAUGGCAGAGGAAACAAGAAUUGUUUAUUAGAGUACCUACGGUCUCUGGAUCCUGACAUGGUAAAGGAGUUAUCUCGACCAUCUUCAAUAGAGGUGGAGGACAUCAUUCACCAGCUUGUUCAGAGCACAGUGCAGAGGUUCUUCAAAGACGAGCCGACCUUGAGUUUCAUGGGUGAUUCGGUCGUGUCAAAUGCUGCAGAAGGAAGUUAUCAGAUUGGUGCUGAUGAAUUCUGCUCAACCAUUGGCACUUCUCGUGAUUACCUGGCGAAACUGCUUUUCUGGUGUAUGCUAUUGGGGCAUCAUUUGAGAGGAUUAGAGAACAGAUUGCAACUAAGUUGUGUCGUAGGAUUGUUGUAAAUGAAGAAGCAGAAGCAGUAGCAACAGAAAGAAGAAUUGGUAGACAAAAAAGGCGCAAGAGGAGAACAAGGGACAGGUGCCAGACUAUGUGUACAUUCCUUUAAUUUUGUCUUGCUUCUAAAUUUUUGCAUACUUGAUGUUGUCUUGGUCUAGUUAAAAGAUGUUAAUUUUAAAUGGAAGGUUAACUCAUCAAAACUUGUAAGAUUCACCUUUCUCCUCUUUCCCCUCCCCCCUCCUGGAAAAAGAAACGUAGCAAAUAUAUAGAAGGCAUCCAGGUUCCUAGACUUCAUCGUUCUAUCUAUCAGUAGCAUUAUUAUCAACAAGCCCGUCUAGCUCAGUUGGUAGAGCGCAAGGCUCUUAACCUUGUGGUCGUGGGUUCGAGCCCCACGGUGGGCGUUGAUAUUUUUUCGUCCUGAGCAUCAGCAAUGAGUUGAGAUGCAACAUUUUACAUAAAAGUAAUUGAUAUUUUUUCGUCCUGAGCAUCAGCAAUGAGUUGAGAUGCAACAUUUUACAUAAAAGUAAUAAUUUUGAUCAUUGCAACUCAACUACAUGAUUAAUUCCAAUUUAACUUUCACAAUUCAUCAAUCAUCCUUAGUUAAUAAUGGGUUAAUUGCGAGAUUGAUCACUGAGUUUACAAAAAACGUUCAUGUUUGAUCCUAGAAAUAUUUAAUUUCAUUCGUGGUCACUAAGAUUAGUUAAAUAGAUCAAAUUUGGUCACUCUCCGUCCAAUUCCGUUAGCUUUGUCUGAUGUGGCAGUCAACUCUCAAAGUUGACUGUUAACUGAAUGACGUGGCAAUUAAAAAUUAAUUAAUUUAAUUUAAUCUUUUACAAUUUCCAACUCAUUUUCACAAUAAAGUAAAAUAAAUAAAACAGGAACAAAUUAUUAUAAUUACCACAGCCGACCACUGAUCCCUGGCCGUCAUCGUCAUGUUCUCACCGUAGCCGCUGCGCAACGCCGAGACGCCGUCUCCCCACCCACGGAUCUCCGCCCCUCACUUCCACUCCACUCUGUCCGCGUAGAAGCUCCGCCGGUUCAACUCGCUCAUCCUCCUCCUCCGCCUUCUCCCCUGCUGCUUCUCCCUCUCUUCCUCCAUCUUCCCGCUCAUAACCAAUUCCCAGGGCUCCGACUCCCCCUCCUAGCGCGACUUCGACGCCUUCUUGUCAGUCAGUCCUCCCCCCUCUUUUCCUUUCCCCCGUCAAUUUCUCCUUUCCAAUUUCUUGUUUGGUUGCCGGGAAAAUGAACACUUCGAUUUCACUAUCAGAUUUGGUUUGCGAUUUCCGCUUCUACAGCUGGGUUUUGCAGGAACAGCGGGCAAUGGAGACAGGAUAAGGACGACGGCGAGUUAAGGGAAGAGUCGAUCGGAGAUUUUGAGGUCCUAAUGGUUGAGGUCGCGGCAGAGAAGAAGGGAACUAAGGUUAGCGGACAAAGCAUCACGGCAACAGAACACCAAAGUUGGGUUGGGGGUGCCAUCUUUUCAAAUCUUGUUGUGUCGCACAAUACUUGGCUCUUUCCGGCAUCGAUUUCUUUGCAUCCAAUUAAUUUCCUCAACUCUCCCAACCCUAAUAAUAAAACAACCCAAACACCUUUUGCGUGUAACGAAUUGUUCGCUGGUUGCGGGGUUGAGUGAACCCCAGAUGAAUCUUUUUUUGGAGCCUGCUACUAGACUCAUGACCUUCGACGAUAGUGGUGGUGGAGGGCGCGGCGGCGGGGUUCUCAUGGGAGAUUGAGCGAUCCGAUAAAAUCUUGGAGAAGAA